AUGGACUAUAGGCAAAAGGGAGUGAACUCUAUCGACUGGCAAGAUUGGAUGGACUUGGAAGCCGGCUCUCGUCGCGAGGAACAGAGGCGCCUGGGAAGUGGCUGUAUGAAGCCACCCCUCAGUCUCAGUCCCGGAAGCCCGAGACGCCUUUCGCUUCCACUGAGCUCUUUACCAAUCCCCGAAGAUGCAGUCCUUGCUGAUGGUGGCCGGAGCCUCGACAUUCGACGGUCACGGUCACAUUCAUUGCCCCAGUCAACGAUUUCUUCUUUGGACCAGAAGGUGCAAUUACCAGACAUCCGCAAUGCUACCGUCACUGCAAGCCCAUUUGCUGAAGAAUCAAGAUUCCUCACUGCUCUACCCCAAAUUGCCACCAUUGUGGGAGACCGAAUUGUGGAGGAACCGGGCGUCGAAGCCACCCUCCAAAGAGCCGCCAGUCGAGCAAGCGUUCGAAGUUUGGAGAGUUAUGCUAUUGGUACUCUCUUUGUACAAUAUGAGCCUGAUCCAACGCCGCCACGACCAGAAGAUCUCCAAGCUUGCCUGGAGAAAAACAGCAGCACAGCACUGAUUAUUGCUUGCUACAAGUCUGCCGAGAUCAUUGGGCGUACCCUCGAAGCCGCCCUGCAGAUCUUCCCUCCACAGAACAUCUUCGUGGUUGCCAACGGAAACAGCAUGACCCCUUUAGACAAUACGGAGGACGUUUGUCGCCCAUAUGGUGUCAAUCAUGUCUGGGUCCCUAUGGGCUCGAAGAUCGUGGCUCAGUUUGUAGGAGUCUAUGCAGCACACGGAUUUCAGUACGUGCUCAUGAUUGAUGACGACUGUGCCCUUCCACCGGGGUUCCCCAUUGUGUCCGACCGGAUACAGCCCGGCCAUAAAAAGGGGCUGGUGAAGUGCGUAGGAUAUACUAUCAAAGCUGUCGGCCCUGACGGAACCAAAGGGAGCAUUGUUCAGCAACUCCAGGACAUGGAGUACAAAUUGUCCGGCAUGGCCAGGAAGUGGAUGGCAACCUGGGGAACGGCCACAUUCGCUCAUGGAGCCAUUGCGUUGUGGGACCGCGACUUUAUCCUCAAGUGUUUUCGACAUCAUCCGGGUUUCAAAAUCUCUGAGGACUGGUUUUUUGGACUGGUUUGUCGAACUCUCGGGGGAAGAAUCCUCAUGUGUUCUUCUGUUCUUGUCGAAACCGAAGUCCCCUCUGGGCUAUUUGUCGGCGCCGGUGCACGAGGUGGGUUUGGCGAGAUGACAGUUUACAAACAGCGGUUCUAUCGGUGGAACUUCUUCUUUAUCUUCCGAGUCUGGCACAGCGUGAAACAUCUACUCUUCGACUGGAACUUGGGCAUUUACUCAGUUGGCGACAAGGUAUAUACUUUUCAAGAGCUUUAUUGUACAAUGCUUUACGUGGUGGGUCCUAUCCUUCUGGUACUCGCAUUCAUGAUCGAACCAGAGUUCGCCGCCUUGAUCACUGGAAUAAUCAUAGGCAUGUACUUUACUAUCGCCAUCAUAUUUAACGAGGUGAUUUUACGCAAAAAGGGAGAGAUGGUCUCUCGAAAAGUUGUAAUCUUUUAUUACAUGCCGUAUAAAUUUGUACUCCGAUUUAUGAACAUUAUCUCUGCGUGA